CAUGGCUAGACCUCGAAAACGACACAAGAUACGCAAUCCAACACUUAAAGUUUCUCGCAAAAAUGCGAAUAAACAUUUUAAAAAAAUUUCAAUAAAAGGAAAUUCCGUUAUCGCAGCUAACUGGGAUAAAAAAGCUACUUUACGUCAAAAUUAUCAACGUAUGGGUCUUAUGACUUCGCUAAAUGGUAUUGCAGGUGGUACUGAAAAAUUAUAUCCCGAUGAAGCUCAAGAAUUAGAUAUGGAAGAAAUAAAAAAAACUCUAGGCCCUGAAGAAGGUAUCAUAGAACGGGAUGAAAAAGGAAACGUUAUAAACAUUAUUAUUGGACGGUCUCGAGAAGAAGAGGAAGAGGAAGUAUUUAAUACUGAAAUUGAUCCCGUUCCCGCGAAAACAGACAUUAUUAGAGCUUUGGAAACUCAAGCCGCGAACGUUUAUAAACGUGAAAAAUAUCAAUCUGAAGGGGAAAAACAAUUUUUAGAAGAAUUGAUUCAGAAAUACGGUGAUAAUUACGAUGCAAUGUUUAGAGACAUAAAGCUCAAUAUAUAUCAACACACAUCAGCUCAAUUAAGGAAUAAAUGUCAAAAAUAUCUUAAGAGUAGACAGAACAAAAUACUAUAA